AUGCCUUUCAUCUCAUCUACACUAGUCAGAUCGACAAUCGCCACCGCUAAAACCAAAUUACCAAUUCCGAUUCCUGCAACUGUAGGAAACAACGCAAUCAAGUUAUCAGGCUUGGGAUUACCAUUCGCCUUCUUUUCAAGCAGUACUAACAGCAAGAUGCCUAGUGAUAAUUACCCUGUGAAGAAGAGUGAUGACGAGUGGCAUGCCAUCUUAUCGCCUGAACAGUUCCGAGUGAUCAGACAGAAAGGAACUGAAAGACCUGGAUCACACGCAUAUGAUAAGAAGAAUGAUGAUGGUGUUUAUCAUUGCGCCGCCUGCGAUGCUCCUCUGUACACGUCCAAGACCAAAUUUAACUCGGGAUGCGGUUGGCCAGCAUUCUACGAUACCGUUCCAGGAGCUGUCAUUCGUCAUGAGGAUAAAUCAAUGUUCAUGACUAGGACCGAGAUCGUUUGUGCCAAGUGUGGUGGACAUCUGGGACAUGUUUUUAAAGGGGAAGGUUUUGGCAAUCCCAUUGAUGAAAGGCAUUGUGUGAAUGGUAUCUCGCUCAACUUCAAACAAGAGUAG